AUGGACGCACCUCGAGGUGAUGCGUGGUGGAGCGUGGGAGAGCGACGAGGAGCUGCUCAGCCUGUCGUCAACAACUCCUUCAUCACCGUUUCUCACGACGACGACCACCUUUCCUCGAUGACAGCAGCUCAUGGUCUGGAUUACUCUGAUUCUUUCCUCAUGAGUCUCCCGACCGUGCCUGCGCCGGUCCCCUGCUCUUCUCCCGUCCCUCUCUUGACCCCUGAGCAGCUCAGCGACCUUCACCACAGCCAUCUCGUGUCUCAUGCGCCAGACCAUGUUCUUUUUCCCUUUCUACACGGCCUCGAAGGCUCCAAUGCUGCUCAGAACAUGUUCUUCUCGUCCAUUGACGACGUGCCAAGGUAUCGUGGUCUCAUGACCGUCGUCUGCGACGACGACCUGGACGGGCUCUUCAUGUCGGCGGAUGAGGAUACCGAUGACGACAAUGAUGACCUUGAUACAUCAUCAGACGAGCUCGAUGAUAUGGAUUUAGAUACCGACAUAGACGUUGAGAUGUCCAACGGGAUGGACGGCGUUGCUGUGCAUGCCGAGGACGAAGUAAUGGAGAUUGUUGGCAUUGGCAAUCCUGAUGAGAAGGAGGACAAAAGUCAGCACCAGCAUAUGCACCCUGUAGUCAUGAAGCCUCCGCCGCCUCUCAAAUCGUCUCCUGAUUCUCCCAUCUCUGAUUUGCCAUCACCCCACCGAAGUCAUGGACGCAAAGCGCCCCCUGUUCUGACAUCGACUUUUCGACCUGCGGAGCUUAUCGCGCCCGUUCUGUCAGAAUCAAGCACCGAAGAAUGGCAGUUCCAACAGCUUUGCGUUCCAGAAGGCAUAUCUUUGAGGAACUUCGGCAUUCAAGUCCCAAUCUUGGCCACUCUGUCUGAUGUCGUGAUCUACUCCCCAAUUUCCGGUGGUGCUAAGAACUCGGAGAACGCCAAAAGGCUAGCGGAACGGUUCAGGUCUGCCAUUGCCCGUAAAAAGGUGGAGAGAGCGGGGAAGCUUCGAUUCGAUUCGAAACCGAGACGCGGUCAAGACUCCAGUGAUUCUCCUGCUGCCCGCUUGUUAGACUACAAUGUUUUUCUUCUUGACGCCACACUUGAAGAUUUCACCAAGUCGAACUCGGCAUUGACACACCUUGUCCGACGAUGCGAUAGUCGGCGUCGGUGGUUUGAAGAAUGCCCCUCCGAAAUACCCUCUACUUUGCAACCCAAUACUAUCAACUUCGCUGUUCGUGAGAAGGAAGAAAUGCGAGACCUCACAACAGCAAGCGAGAUACUAUGGAUUGGUGUUCAUCCAUGCGCCGACUCUAUACCGGAGCACCAGGUUCAGCAAGAUGAAACUAAGACUACCGGUGAGGCUCAACGAGGGAAGGUCAGAGGACAAGUAUUUCUCGGGAACUCUAAUGACGUGCCGACACCCGUUGGAGGAGGUGAUGGAGACGAGUAUGAUGUCGACUACGGCUUUGGAGGUAGUGAGGAGAAAGCGCACUCUCGCACCAAUCCACCUGGAUAUGACAUUUGCAUCGAAUGCCAUGAUCUUGCACCAUUCCCCAGCCCUGCUCAUCUUCGAGCGGCGGAAGACAAACUCCACGGAUUGGAAGCGCGCUGGCGACAGAAGGUCCUUGAACAUAAUCCCCCCUUAGAUGAUGAUUCCGAAAUUCCUCCUCGUCCACCCCCACAUGCUAAUUCCAUAAUUCACCUUCCAUUUCCUUCCUCGCCUUCCAAUACCGCCUCUAUGAAAGCGCUGGUCCGGUUCCUUGACAAAUGGCUUACACCUGUUUCGCCGAAAGACGGAGCAUCCAAGGACAAGGGCAAAACACCUGGGACGAGAGAAGCUGAUGGCAGGCGUUGGUCUUUGCUGUCAUCCGCACCGUCAUUUCCUCUAUUCCACCCACCCGCGCCGGCUCCUGCCUCUGUUUCCAACAAUGUCCGUAUUAGGUCAUUCACAUCUCCGUCACCAUCAACAGCGCACAAUUGCUCUACUCCUACCCGUCAUCCCUCUCGACCUUUGAAGAUUCUCAUCUAUUCAUCUGAUGGAUACACUGAAUCGUCUGUUCUCGCUUUAUGUUUGCUCAUAUCUCUGAAGAACCUGUCGCUCCCUGAAGCGUAUCUAGAGCUUCAGGUCUCCAAGGAGCGGAGCUUCUUUGUCUAUGGAGCAGACCUGGGAAUCUUGAGAAGAUGGGAAAUGGAGGAGCGUGGCAAAGAAAGGGAUCGAGGUGUGCGUGGAGUGAAAUACUUCUCUAAUCACCGCGAACAUCUGUCCAUUAGUGAGGGCCAUGUGGGCGCUGGUGUGAAUCCAUAUGUUGCUGGAUGGGGAAUUACCGAUCAGCGCGAAACACCAUCUCCGACGGCAGUUCCGUCGCAACGUGGUGCUAUCUCUUCCAGUGCGCCCAAAGAUCUUGAUAUCCACGAUCCAAAUAUUAAGAUUGGCCCGGGACGGCGCCCCCGGGCCAGUACAUUGCCUGCCUCCUCACUGCUGGGUUGGGAUCACCAGACUUGGUUCGAUGACCCAAGAUUUGACGGAAGUUUUCCUAGCAGAGUGCUGCCUUUCUUGUACUUGGGAAAUCUAAAUCAUGCCUCGAAUGUUUACAUGCUUCAUGCACUGGGUAUAACCCACGUUGUGUCUGUUGGCGAGUGUGCUCUAAUUCCACCUCCUAAUGUACAUCAUCUUGAUGGCGAACAUGUUCUUGAUCCUGAGAACGAUUAUCCUUUAACAACACAUUUUAUAAAUUCGCCCUCGCAGGUUCCAGGACAAUUCAUACCAGGGAAAGGCUUCGGGAAGCAUGGUUCUCUCUGGAUCGAAGAACGUGCGGGACGCAUCAAGGUCUUGGACAUCCAAGGUGUAUGUGAUGAUGGGAUAGACACCCUUGAACCGCAACUGGAGCCCAUAUGCCAGUGGAUCGAUACCGCUAGGAGAGAAGGCGGCAAAGUGCUAGUACAUUGCCGUGUCGGUGUCUCUCGGAGUGCUACUGUAACCAUUGCCUUUGUGAUGAAGCACCUUCAGAUAUCUCUGGUUGAAGCAUACCUCAUCGUGCGGUCCCGACGUUUGUCCGUACUUAUCCAACCGAACAUGAGGUUGCUGUAUAACUUGUGCGGAUGGGAGGUGAAGCUCGCUAAACAACGCGCAGGCGACGACAGGGACAAGUUGAAGAAAGAGCUUUCCAGAGCACUAUCCUGGCCAUAUCUCGCUAGGGAGGUACACCGACUGAAUGAAAAGUACCUUCACUGA